UGAAGAAACAGCAGGACACACCCAGUCCCUCCUCUCUCAACUGCUCAGCUGCUCAGCUGCUCAAACCCGAAGGACUUCAGAGCUUUGCUGCACAUGCACAUGCAAGCUGGGGACUUAAAUACAUAGCAAAUCAGCCUGAUUCUACCACCCGCGGGACAGUCACACACGGGGACCCUGCAGGACUGUACCAAGGUACAUACCCACUUAUAUACACAAGGUGCCUAGCCAUUCAGUUAACAGCUGGACUGACACAUCUGAUUCUGGAUUUGUUUCAGUGCCUCAUGUCUACAAACUAUGUUACAGCAUGUACCAAUGGUAUCUAAACAACCUGUUCUCAUACAUAACAGCUAGAUAACCACACAUUCAGCCACUCUUCUCGGAGGAUACUCAGAACUUCAUCACAUCAAAAAAAGGGAGAAAAAACCCAAACACCAGAGCAAAGAAGUGGAGGAAUGAUAUAAACUGUCACAACGUUGGACAUGCCCCUGGCCAUUCACAGGAUGGUGGUCUGUGACUCGUGGCACAUGAGGAAUACCAAAGCAAAGCUUUCACCAGCAAAGUUAAAGACUGUUCAGCUACUAUGUUUUUCAUUAUUUAUUCUGGCCAUUCCACAGUUAGCUUACACUGACGUUGCUCGAAAUUUUGAAGUUGUUUUCAAGGAACCUUGCAAGGACACAAUAACAACUGAGUUAGACGCCACUUUACCUGAGUUCACUCUAUGUACAUACAUAAAACUAAACUCCUCGGGCCCUUGGACUGCAUUUACUUACAAUGUGACCUCCUCUCCGGCAGAUGGAUAUGAGUUUGGCCUGUUAGGUGACAGUGGCAGCAUCAACAUUUGGAUGUUUGGAUCUUAUAUAAGUAUACCUGAAACCCUUAACUUAAGCACUUGGUAUGAGGCAUGCAUUACAUGGGACAACAAAACGAAUUUAAUGGAAUUCAUGCUUGAUCAUACUAUGAAAAAAUAUCAAAAACUGGAAAAUGGAACCAAACUGUCAGGAAAAGGUACCAUAUCGCUUGGCUGUCCCCUGCCCCCUGAGAAAAACAACUCUACAUCAAUGGGAUUGAUUGGGGAGCUGUACAUGUUUAGGAUAUGGAACAAGGCAAGCAAUUUCACCAGCUGUUAUGAUGGCGAUAUUCUGCCAUGGAAAUCUAAUUGGAUCGGUAACCAGUUAGUAUUCAGAAAAGACGUCUCUUUGCCCUGUGCAAUAAAACUACUGGAUCUGCCUUCUGGACACCAUCCCACCAAAAGACCUCAGAUGGUCAAUGAUACCUCUCCUGAACAAAAGUUGUUAGCACAAGCCAAUGUUUCUGACCCCGCGACGUCUGCGUUAACAUCGACGAUCACUAACACAGGUACAACAACAACAACUACUACAAAGAUACCCCAAACACCUGCCACAAAAUCAGAGAUGACUUUCACAGUAACUGGGAAUCAUACUAGCACACUGAUUACAAUCGUAUCCAACAUGACACUUGCAGGUAAUGGUUCCACGUUAUCAGUUGCAGCAACAACCAGUAUGGCGACACCAGGAGUUUUACAUUGUGCUGCCAAUGUCAGUAAUGCAACUAAUUAUUCAGUUAAUCAGCAGUACUGUGAUGCCUCCUCUCUCUGCAAUGAUUCUGCUGUCUACUUUGUGUUUUUUAAUAACACAAGUAAAGAUGAAUGUGACACCAUAAAAGAUAAAUUACAGGCAUUAAUUUUCCCAAGAAGCAGCUCUGCACCUCCAACUCCAUCUCCACUCAUCAAACUCAACUCAUCUGCAUCUCAGAAUACGUCCGCAACAGAAAGUACUUCCAAAAGUUCACUUGGAAACAGCACUGUGCCUCCAACACAAUCAUCUACUAAUCAAGUAAAUAUAUCAGCUACUGAAUUCACCAGCAACAGUGCAAAAGAAUGCAACAUCAUAUUGAUAGCACCAGAUAAAGAAAGGUUAUGUUCAGCACUAAGCACCAUGCCAAAUACAACUGAAAACAUAACAGUACUUGUUGCGGACGUCUGCUGCUGUGAACCAAAUGUGUGCCCUGCAAAUAUCUCUGACUAUGUGACACGCUGUAAUAGUAGCAAAAUUGUAAAUUGCGCAGCAACAGGACCAGGACAGGGGACAGGAGCAGGAACAGAGCCAAGGCCAUGGCCAGUGACAUCCAUAUCUACAGCUAAGACCACUGCUACCAGUUCUAGCCCUCUAGACUUGGGCUACUUAAAUGAUGCUUUGGCUUCUCCUGACCUUAAUUCAUCCAUGGUCGACGCCAUUGUAUCACAAAUUGAGCAGAUGUUAAUUGGAGAACUGCAGCCCGGUACAGCAAUGCAGCUGGUUGGUGUUAUGAACAGCUUUUUAAAUCUUUCCAUGGAUCUGUUAGCACCAGUCUCAAGAAGGUUAAUAGGCAUAGUGGAUAAAAUUACCUUACAGCUUACCUUUCCGGGACAGUCAAUAAAUAUCACUUCUCCUGCUUUGGCCUUGGCUGUUGAUAAAAUUAAUGCCAGCCUAUUCAAUGGAGCAGCAUUUGGAGUUAAAGUAUCUUCAGAUUUGCAGGUUUCCUUAGGUUCCAAUGCAUUGCAACAGAAUGAAAACUCCGUUGUCCUUCCUGGAUCCCUGCUGAAAGUCUUGUCACCUACAGAUCAAAACGUGGCCUCCAGGGUUCAGUUUAACUUCUUUGACAAGACCUCUCUGUUUGUGGAUUCCUCUCUGCCAGCAAAAAAACAACUCUUGGUCAGUACAGUCAUAUCUGCAAGUGUGUCCAACCUCACUUUAAAUGACUUACAAGAUAAUGUAACAGUCCAUCUGCAAACAACCUCCAAAACUCGGGUAAAUGUUUCCAUGCUGUGUGUAUUUUGGAACUUCAACGCAAACAACGGCAGAGGUGGAUGGGAUUCAAAUGGCUGUAGUGUUGUAAAUACAACAGUAAACCAGACGAUUUGUACCUGUAAUCAUCUAACAAGCUUUGCAAUACUUAUGGAUGUAUCAAAGGUGUAUCUGAGCCCAGAAGACACACUCAUCCUCACAUUUAUAACUUACAUUGGCUGUGGCCUCUCUGCAAUCUUCCUUUCUGUGACUCUUGUGACCUACAUUGCGUUUGAGAAAAUACGGAGAGAUUAUCCUUCAAAAAUUCUGAUACAGCUUUGUGCUGCCCUGAUCUUCUUAAAUCUGACGUUCCUUAUCAACCCAUGGAUUGCGCUUUACAACAAUAUACCUGGACUUUGUAUCUCUGCUGCCGCGUUCCUCCAUUAUUUUCUUCUGGUUUCAAUCACAUGGAUGGGGCUUGAAGCUUUCCACAUGUACCUCUCACUUGUCAAAGUCUUUAACACCUAUGUACGGAAAUAUAUGUUAAAAUUUUGUAUAGUUGGAUGGGGCGUUCCUGCUGUGGUGGUGGCCAUUAUACUGGCAGUGAACAAAGAUUUGUAUAGCCUUCAGACGAGGGGAAAAUACCCAAAUGGAGCUUCAGAUGAUAUCUGCUGGAUUGCUGAUAUUAUAUUUUACAUCACGGUUGUUGGAUACUAUUGUGUAAUAUUCCUGCUGACCGUCGGUAUGUUUAUAGUAGUUAUAUUACAACUGUGCCGAAUCAAGAAACAGAAACAACUUGGCUUCCAAAAGAAAAUUACCUUGCAGGACAUGAGGAGUGUGGCUGGAAUUACGUUCCUGUUGGGUAUUACAUGGGGAUUGGCUUUCUUCUCCUGGGGGCCAGGGAGUGUUGUCAUUAUAUACCUUUUCACAAUCUUCAACACACUUCAAGGUUUUUUCAUAUUUAUAUUUUACUGUGUUGCAAAGGAAAAUGUGCGUAAGCAAUGGAAACGAUAUCUGUGCUGUGGGAAAUUCAGGCUGGCAGAAAAUUCUGACUGGAGCAAAGCAACUACAAGUAAACUAAAGAAACAAGUGUCAAAGCAAGGAGUGUCUAGCAGCUCCAGCAGUUCCAUUCAAUCCAGCGGAAACUCUAACUCUACUACGCUGUUAGUUUCCAAUGAAUAUUCACCAAAUCCAACUGGAAAUGGUGUUGCUUUCAAAGAAAGAAAUGGUGUGUCAUUCAACAAGGAAGUUCCCUUAUAUGAAAUUCCUAUGGAAACUCCCACUAAAGCUACCAAUUCAAAUGAAAAGCCGCAACCAUCAGUCAGAAGGACUUCAAAAAUGGGCAAUGUGCAUUUCAUGGAUUAAAUGUAAUUUGUGCUUGUUCCCUGUCUGAAGUUGUGAAUUCUGGAUUUAUGGAAAACAGAAGAUGUGAAAGUGAACUUUUGCUUCAUGCUAAAACAUUGAUUCUAAUUAAAGGGGGACUAUACACCUGUAUUCAACAUGAACAAAAUAAACAGGGCUUGAGAUGAAAAUGCA